AUGGCACCUGCGUUGCAAUCCAGCAAGAUCGCCUUCAUCGGCGGCGGCAACAUGGCCGCAGCGAUCAUCGGAGGCCUGGUCGCCAAGGGCAUCGAUAAGCAAAACGUCACCGUCUCGGAGCCGUGGGACGUGAACCGCGAGAAGAUGGCCGCGCUCGGCGUCAAGACCACCACCUCCAACGCCGAGGCCUUUGUCGGCGCCGACAUUGCCAUCCUGGCCGUCAAGCCCCAGGUCGCAAAGGGCGUCUGCAACGAGCUCGGCAAGGCCGUCUCGAGCCAGCAAAAGGUGCCCGUCGUCGUCUCCAUCGCCGCCGGCAUCACCCUCGAGGCCCUGCAGAAGUGGCUGGCGCUCGACGACGGCCGGACGCCCCACGUCGUGCGCGUCAUGCCCAACACCCCGGCCCUGGUCGGCGAGGGCGCGUCCGGUCUGUUUGCGGGCAGCGACGUGACUGACGACGAGAAGAAGUUGACCGAGUCGCUCAUGGCGAGCGUCAGCAAGGCGACGGAGUGGGUUGACAAGGAGGAGCUGAUUGACGUCGUCACAGGCUUGUCAGGAUCCGGCCCUGCAUACUUCUUCGCCAUGGUCGAGCACCUCAUUUCCAGUGCCGUCGGCCUCGGCCUCUCCCCGGAGCAGGCGAAGCGCUUGGCCACCCAGACUUGCCUGGGCGCCGGCAAAAUGCUCGUAGAAUCCACCGAGGAGCCCAGCCAGCUCCGCAAGAACGUCACCAGCCCCAACGGCACCACGCACGCUGCCCUGCAGAGCUUCGAGGCCUCUGGCUUCCAGGACAUCGUCGACAAGGCUGUCAAAGCUGCGGCGGAUCGCGGCGAGGAGCUUGGAAAGACUUUGGGCAACCAGUAG